CAGAAUGGGUAAAAGGAAGAAAGAGCAAGAUGAUGAUGAUGAUGAUGAUGACAAUGUCUCUUUGUCACAUAGUAAGAAGCCACGUCUGGUCUGGACUCCUCAUCUGCAUUCAAAGUUUCUCCAUGCUGUUCAUUUACUUGGCUUACACGGUAUGUAUGUUGUUUACUACUACAAACUUGUUGUUUCACUCCAUCUAUUCUUUCAUUCUUUCUUGUCUGCAGAGGCUGUUCCUAGAAAAAUUGUUGCUUUGAUGAAUGUUGAAGGAAUUACCAGGGAACAUGUUGCGAGCCAUCUCCAGAAAUAUAGACUGAGUAAGAAAAAGGCUAUCCAUAUCCAUCAACAAGAUGACACACUUCCUUCAACGAUGAUUCUGAAGCCUACUCAAUCUCAAACCUCCUUUACCAUUCAUCCACAAUCUCAAUCUCAAACCUCCUUUACCAUUCAUCCACAAUCCUACAACUUUCCUGUAAACCAAACCUCAACUUUACUCCUCCCUAACAUGAGUGGAGUCGGCCCUUCAACACUAAUUCGGCCUAUUCAAUAUCAAAGCUCAAGUUUAUUUCCAACUGUUCUUAACCAAUCUGCGACACCGUUCGACUUCCAUGAUAGUAUGGCUGCUAACUGCCCUUCAUUGCUCCAAAUGAAUUCACAUGAUCUUGUUGGAUCUGAUUCUUCUUCAAAAAGCACAAGCAUUUGGGAUUAUGAUUGGCAUACAAAUUACAUGAAAAGUGAACCUCAGUUGCUUCAAUUUCCCAACAAUUAUUUGCCGGUAUUGGAGUCUGACAAAACAAGUGAAAUGCAGACACACAAUGUAGAGCCGUUUAUUGUUGGAUCUGCUGCUUCUUUGGAAGACACAAACAUCCAGGAUUAUAGUUUCUGUUAUGAUAAUAGUCCAGUUGCCUUUUCGGUUGAAGAAACAAAUUCUAAAACUUCAGACUGGGGAUGUCUAGAACAAGAGGAUCUCACAAAUAUGUGGGGAAGCUUAGAACAAGAGGAUCUCAUGAAUGUUUGGAAGUGCUUAGAAGAGGAGGAGGAUGUCACAAAUGUUAUGCAGCCUUUAUGUUAUGAAGCUCCUCAACAAACUUAUUAAA